AUGGACGGCGCUACUUCUCCGAGACGACGUAGUUUCAAGAUCAAGACCAAGUUUGGCGCUGCCCGGCAAUGGAGAAGCCGCAAGAAUCGACCAUGUGACGCGUGCCGACGGCGAAAGACCGCCUGCAUAAUCGAGACUGUGCCUCCUUGCCGAUUCUGUCGCUCGAAAGGUCAAGUUUGCAAGUCUACCGAUGGCGAGCCCAGUUCGCGGCAUAGUUCUGGAGAGAUUGUUGACUCCGACGACGCGACGGAUAGCACUGUUGUCGACGCGAGCUACACCAGUAUCCAGUCGCUUCUAUCCCCCGAGAUAGAGCCUAGCCCACUCGCCGGAGGGCUGCCAGCCUCACCGAGCGCUCGAUUCUUGGAGAUGUUAUCAGCAGACGAUUACCCAGCCCCAACUCCGGGAGACCCAGCUCCUGAGUAUUCGUCGUGA